AUGAAUAUAACUAUAGAAAAAGUUUAUGUUUUCUCUUCGAUUUUUUUCUUUAUAUUUUCAGCUACUCUCACUUCAUCCAGUAUUCUUGGCAGCUUUGAUAGCAAGUACCUUGGCCAGUUGAAUUCAUAUUUAGACCCAGUGUUUAAGACUACAGACCGCAGCAGGUUUGUGAGAUGUUGGCACGCCAAGACGGAUGGUUGGGUGGCAUCAACAUUUCACAGUAACUGUGAUGGAAAGGGUCCCACUGUAACCAUCGUCCAAGUUGGUAAUUACAUAUUUGGUGGAUACACUGACAAGUCUUGGGGUGGUAUGUAUCAUUUCAUAACAGCUUUAAUAGCACACAGAUUAUAGCAUAGGAUGCAUACUUUCUUUUUUAUACCUUCAUUUGCAUUGAUUACGCGAAUGUAUGACGGCAAGGGUCCCACUGCAAAUAUUGUUAUAAAACGUCUCAGCCUCAUAUAUUGGCGAAUGCGUUGAAAAUAUCAAGUAUUUUUCAGUAUCAUCUUUUUAAUUAAUUAAUUAAUGAGCUUAAUCGUCCAGUUAAUUUAGUGUAGCUAUAUCUAAAAAAUAUUUUGAAUCUAUCUUAAGCUUAGAUAACAUUGUUGAAACCCAGUUCAAAAUUCUGCCAUGAAUACAACACAUUUUUUACUAAAUUACCCAUAACGUUCACGUUAGCGUGAAAUCUACUUUAUGAUCACCGUUAAUUUUCAAAACAACAGGGAAGAGGACUUCAGAAAUAUGGAUUUUUUUGCAGUUUCGUGUUGAUGCCAAAUAUAAAAGCAUCAUGAUUGGCGAAAAAAAAAGCUUGAUAUGUAACCCCUUUCAAUGUCAUGGGGGUUUUCUAUGCCUUUUUUUUAACUCAUCCACAUACAGUUUACCAUGGAAAUUUUUUCUUGGAAACACCCUUCGCACUGACUUCUGACACCUAAUGUCUCUUGGGAAAACGUUUAUUUAUCACUGUCCAAUGUUGCCUGUUGCCAGUCUUGUUAAAUGUAUAUUGUAAAAAGGCAAUUAUGGUUCCCAAUAAGGGACAUCAGAUGAAGAAAGGUUUUUGUACACGCACUUCCACUUUUGUAACUGGCAGUGUUACUUAAUAACUUUUCAUGUAAUGUGGCAUUCAUUCGAUUUUUUUUAUUAGUCUUGGCCCAGUCCUAUUAAGUCAGUAUCAGUUAUCCGUGUCGUACACAGUUUAUGUUAUAGGAAACGUACAGUUCAUUCCAUAUGGUCUAUGGUCAGCUCUACACUACAGAGUAUCAGUGACGGAAAUGGUCUCUCUGGAACUAUUUUUUUUUAAACAUCGUUAGAUAAGGCCCUGUCCACAGGAAUCCGGAUAUUUUGAAAACGGAGCCAUUCUGUCCGUUCUUUUUAAAAAAGUGCGCAUGGAGACAUAGUGUAUACCAAUCAUUCCCGCCCGGGGGGGAUGGGGGUGAAGGUAUCUCCAAAAAAAUAGGUGGUUCAGUCCGCCUGCCAGUAUGACGUCACGCCUGCCAGUACGACGUCACGUCUCGCGUCAGUGAGUGUUCAUCGAAGAGCCGGAUAAAAUUUCCAAAUUCAUCACGGAGAUACAGUUCCGAUUUCUUGGAUUUGGAGAUUUUAAGGUUCCUGUUGUCAUAGAAAACUAGACUAAAGAACUUUUUUUAAUGAAACGUCCAGUGAAGUAAUGAAUUUUAAAGAUUUCUUUCUAUCGUCGAGCAAAUUUUACGGGCAAUCAUACCGACCGGCCACACUUUUGAGGGCCAGUGCACAGCAAGAUUGAGGAAUUUAGACACAGAAAUAGGAGGUUCAUCAAAGGAUGUACUAUACUUUACAUUGUACGUAUUUCCAGCUCUUCAGAGAUAGUGGAACCUAAUAUCAUUCCUUUUAAAGUUCGCUUACCUGUAGCGUUGAAAGAGGAGGCUAAAUGACAAAUAUUUGUGAGAGACUGUGAGCAUUGAAUCUUGUUUCUUUACCGCAUUUUAAUACUGUAUUGGGCAUACACGUGUAAUUCUUUAAUUAAAUCCCGAAAACCAAUAAAAGGUUUCGUUAAAUUAUUUUUAAAAAAUUCCCACUUUUCUUUUGUGGGGAUGCUCAUCAAGUCCAAGAUUAUAUCGGCGGAAGAGGCACCUUUGCCCUCAAGCGAGGGCAAAAAUGAAACAGUCCAAAGCUAGUUUUAUUUCAUAAAUGUUUUAGGGCACAGCGUGGAAGAAUUUCUUCCCUCCUUCCCAAAUGCGCGGGGCAGAAUUACGUGACGUGACAUGCUUUGCAUGACUCGACUGAAAGCUGGUUUGCCUGUGGCAGUUCGACGUUGUUUUCGUUCAUUGCUGUGGCGGCAAGUGAAAUUGUUACAGUUAUAAGUUCAAAUUCUUCAUUCAUUUCCUUCUGAAUGUCUUUCUAAGGAAUCGUCUGAGAAGUUCUAUGGGCUCUUAAACUAACACAGUCUCAGGUGGGUAUCGUUGGAUUAAAAAUUGUUCAUUCGUUAAAUCGCAUAAAUCGCUGCGUAAAAUUCAGAAAACGGAACAGAUUACUUGUGACUUUUGUUGUAUUUUUUACCGCUUUGUGGACUUUUUGACACUUAAGGUCAUUCCCCUGAAUUGCAUUGCGCAUCUGUACUGCGCAUAGGAUUGUAAUACUAGUCACGCAAUCUUUCAAGAUGGCUACCGUCGGCGUCGCGUCGGCACCAAGUCGAGAGAUAAAAAAGGUUUUUUUCUAAGUUCAAAAGAAAAGGGAAGACGAGAGAAGUUAAAAAAUAUUUGGACAAGGAAGUGUUGUAAUGUGAAAGGUGAUGGAGGCGUUAGCACAAAAAAGAAAUGCAUCGAAGACGGCAGCUGCAACUUUCGAGGCAGACGAGUAAUCGAGUUAGACGUCCUGGCCAGAGCCCUGGAUAGUGGUUGCAGAGCGUGUGGAAAAGCACUUCAGCUAUCAAACUGCCAUGAUGAGACUAUCUCUGGGUUGGGUAGUUUUUUGUAUAUUAUGUGCAGCGAUCCGGAAUGUGGAGAGGUAAAUGCGUGAACCACAAACAUCGCAUCGUGCCGCCGGUGCUGGUCGCGGCCGACCAAUUUUUCAUAAAAAGACCAAACUUGCCACAGGUAGGUAUAUUUAUUUGAUUAGCAGCUUUUAUCCGAACAUUUUUCCGAGCUUCAUCAUAAUUUAACAAUCAUAAUACCGUGUAAUAACUAACUUUUAAAUGUACAUGUACUGUGUUUAUGUGCAGGAAUGUUACACGCCGGUAUGUAAACGCACUGCUCACGUCGAUAAACCUUCCAGCCGUGGGACAAAACACUCUGAAGGCCAGAGAAAGAGAAGUUGGCGCAGCGAUUGAGACUGUUGCAAGGAAUUCAUGUUUAGAAGGAUUACAGGUGGAGAAAGAUUGUCGGAGGACCGUGGACACAGAGCAAGUUGUAAAAAUCGGGGUAUCGUACGACAUGAGUACGCAGAAGAGGGGAAAGGGCCACAAUACUUUGACAGGUUAGUCCUAUAAUAUACAUAAAGCUAAGAAAUAAUGGAGGCAUUUUUGCUUUGCUUGCAUGGCAUCCAUAUGUUUAUGUCUGUUUAUCCAUUUUAAAAUACAAUAUUUAACAAAUUCACAACGAUUUUUUCUUUUGCUAUAAUAACAAUAAUACCAAGAUAAUGAAAUAGCAGCUGUAGAAGUUAAAAUUAAUUAUUAUUUUUACCCUAGACGACAAAAUUUCCAUCCAACAGCAGUCAGGCAAUUUAACAUUUGAUUUCCUUUAACAAUAAUAUUAUUAUUAAAACCGAAUAUUGGAAGCAGGGUGCUUGUUCAAAUCAUCCUCAAAGACAGAGAAUGAGCUAAAUAAAAUACUAGCAUUAUUAAUCGACAACAAUGAGUCAUUCAUUUAAUUUAUAGAGGUAUUGACUUUUUGACUAAAGUAAAUAAAACGAGACUAUUUUUUUUCCUAGGAGAAGGGUCUAUGAUUGGGCUAUCUUCAGGCAAGGUGGUGGGCUAGCUACAGCGCAAGGACGAAGAGACGUGCAGUAUGUGAGGCAGCUAAGAGAAAUGGCAAGGAACCGAGGUCACAUGACUGUCGGAUGAACUGGACAGCUUCCACCAAGGUCCUCACAGAGAAAUUUAGCGGCAGGGCAAGAAUCACAAUUAACCAGAGAAUUCUUGAGAGCAUUUCCAGUUGCUUUGCAGACAAGUAAAAUGUAAAUCCCUAAUAUGGGAAUGUAAAUAAGAAAACGAUAAGUUAUGAUAUUUAUCUGUGCUUUUGCUGAAUUAAUUAUACAGUGUGUGAUGAGAAACUUAGCUAAACUUACCUGUAUAAACAUGUAUAUUCUUAGUUGACACAGACAAAAGGUAUCCGGAAGUCACCCGAAUUCGGCAUGCAGUAUCUCCUGGUCUCUUGUACGGGUCACCAAAAUUCCGAAAAUAAGCCCCGGGGCUUGUAUUUUUCAAAGGACCUUUUUGAGGGGCUUAUUUUAGGAGGGGCCUAUAUUCGGAGGGGCUUAUGUACGGAGGGAAAUUUGCGUUUCAAAAUCGAUUGGGCUAGCUUGUGGUGGGAAGGAAAUUUAACAUUUUUGCUUUGGUUUGCUUUGUAUUCGGGGGCAAAUUCCAAGUACAAGCCCCCCGGGGGGCUUAUAUUCAGAGGGGCAAUUUAACAGAGGGUUUUUGCAUUACGAUUUUGAGGGGCUUAUAUUUGGAGGGGCUUAUACAUGGAGGGGCUUAUUUUCGAAAUUUUACAGUAUUUCAUUAAGAAAGCCAUGCAAGUAUUAUGUAACAGGCAAAAUUUCUCGGAAAUUAUAAUUAAAGUGUCAUAUUAAAGUGUCAGAUUCAGUAUUGCUUGAUCUUUUUAUUGUACCAAAGUAACUUUAAUUUGGUUGCCAUGGCAACCAUUUUUCAUCAUUUUGUCCUCAAUCGGGAGCCCAGAUAAAGCAUCCCUUUAACCUGUCACUUACCAACCAAAAAUUAGAUCUAUACAAAUAAGUACAGUUAAAUUUACGAUGUUUUUUUCCUGGAAAGAGAAAUGGGCCUGCCCACCUGGGAACAGAAAAUGAUGGCAUAGCUUCCAAGCGAAUACCGGCACCCCCCUCUUUUUUUCGCUUGUUUGACUUUACAACCAAUAGGCUGCCUACACAAAAAGAAUGGACAAUUUCCUAUGUUCAGAAAAAAAGAUAUAAAGGAAAGUAUAAAGCCAAAACCCAUUUUUUCAAUUAAAUUAUGGUAACCAUGGUAACAAACUUAAGGGAAGUGCUUCCUCGACGUAUGCGUUUUCGUACCAAAAGCCUUUUGAAAGUGUUACUCUUGUCCAACUCUAAAUGUGUAUAACCUUAUUUCGCACAAUCAAUAGUAUUCUGAGUGUUAUCAGGCCUAAUUAUUGAUAUAGUCCAUGGUGCAAGGCAGCAAACCGGAAGUUUCGAAAAUUGCCUCAAAGGGGGUAUGUUUGAGCCCUCGCAGCUCGUAAACGAAUACCGGCACCCCCCUUUUUUAUUUUGAUUUUGAAGUCCCAGUAUGAUGAAUAGUUAAUAGACAAAAUUUGAGAAAAAAUCUAUGUUAAGUUCUAUUUCAGGGGAAUGACCUUAAUACUUUAACUCAGCUUUAUUUAAAAAACCUAUGCACAUUUCCGACCAAUAUUGUCUUAAGAAGUUACCGAAUAAUUAAAGGUUUGGCGCCUACCGUAAUUCGCAUUUGGUUGUGCUUAGGUCAGAGGUCACGUUUUUUCGCCCGGUUUUAGUGUAAUAUUUACAUUUGCUUGGCUUUGUCAGCGCUCGUGAUUUCAUUUACCCAAAAAUUUUAUUUCGCUAAUUUGAAGAAAAAAGAAUGCUCUUUCAGACUAAACAAGCCUUGGUGUUCAAGGCCAUGUACCAAUCCGCUUUUUGACGGUUGAUUAAGCGAUUUUGAGUCAACAACUUUGAAAAUUUCUUUAAUAAAAAUCUCUUGUUGACCAAAUCGCGAACUAAUCAGUUAAAAUUAUAGACGAAAGAUAGUAAAAAUACGAAGUGUCAUUAUAUUUUAGUGGCCAACUUUAUUUUAAAAUUUACGAGUUAGUGAAUAUGACUCUAAUUUCGCAUGAUUUUUGCCUCGGGAAGAAAAAAAUUGGUUAAAAAAAUAUUAUUCCGAGCGUAGCGACUUUAUAAUCUUGUCGCGCGCGAAGCGCGCGCGCACUCUGCUAACCGCGCGUGGUCUUAGCCAGCUGCGAAAUUCGAGGCUUCAUAAAUAAAUAAAUAAAUCUUUCUCUGAAUAUAUGCUUGGUAUCCGUCAAUGACGUCAUGGAGCUUUUUGCGUUUCCAGGCAACAUAGACUUGGCCACCGAUGACCAAGGCGCAUUUCGAUGUGUUUAUUCAUCGUCUGUGAAUCAAACUUUACCAUCGGUGAGUCACGAACAAUUUUCCAUGCAAAUGACACACAAGCACAACAAGUGACUCCAAAUCCUCGCCCUGGAAGAUUUUCCACCGAAACUCCUCUGGAGCGAGAACGCCGACUUCCAAUUCAGCGUGAACAACGAAGGAGAAGACGUAAACAAGAAACCGUGGAGCAGAAGGAACAUCGCUUAGCACAGCGAAGGCAACGCCGACAACAAGAGACAGAGGAACAGGAGAUUGGAAUCAGAGGCAUUAUGAUCGUUCACUGUCGAAAACCCAUCCCCGCCGAUAUAUGUAGAUCAAAGUCUGCAAAGUUUCAGCACUGUAUUACGGCCCGAACUAUAAUAAUUUUCCGGCGAACUGCGCCGGGCCAGAUUUGUUCUUUGUUUUUGUCUUUUUCUAAAUCCGGGGGCCGAAAUAAUGCUAAAUCUGCUUUUCAAUACACUGUUAACAAUAACACCACAUAAUACGCAAAAAACAAGAAGAAGAAAAGAAAGAACAAGGUAUGGACCUUUAAGACGAUAUUCGCGGUUAGUCAUCCAGUUCUUAACCCCGACCGGCAGGGCUUAACUUGAGUGCCGUUACCAAACCGAGUUUCGCGAGGCUUAUUGCGAGAUACGUAUUUCUAGUUCACUCGAUCGUACUUAAACCAACGAUUUUGUAACUAGGGCCCAUAGGGCCUCAUUCUGGCUGAGUUUGAGGCCAGGUCAUUUUUUGACUAUUUCCUCGUCUAGUUCCUCGUCUCGUCUAGUUCCUCGUCUCGUCUAUUUCCUCGUCUAGCGGAGCUGCUCUUAAAUUUGAGGAAAAUUAGCUCGAAGCGCGUAUUUCAAAGCUAUUUCGCAUUAUUUUGGGUUCAACGGGCCGAUCGAUGUAGAUAAUCGCUCGAACUUGGUGGAGAAUUAGGAGAUCAACAGAGGCCCACACUCGAAAGGAUUGAUAUGAAGUUAGGCCGGUUUAAUGAGCGAAAGGAUAGAUGUGUGAUCUGUGAGUGAAUGGAACCUCAUAUUCUGGAGACUAGGGCUUGCCUAUUUUAGAGCAAAAAAUGAUUUAGGUUUGGAUGAACUUGCCGGUCCCCAAAAAAGAUGGCGAUCCCGCAACACGGCCCGCAAAAGAAAUUAACAAAAUUGUACUACGGACACAAAAUAUCAAAACGGUUUACUGCAGCAGAUUACAGCAACACCAAAGCACACACACCUUCGAUCAAAUUAGCAAUAUAUAGCGAUAUUUGCUAGCUUCGUAAUUAGCUUUUCCUCGACCUCGCUCGUCCUAAUAACUGUGGUGUCCCUUGCUUAUUGCACAAGCGACCCGAGGCUCUUGCCCGUUACUAUGUGACGUCACACUGGCCGACCGAGUGGGUCAAGAAACGUAGGUGGAAAACAAUAGGGUCAAGUCCCCCCCGCCCACCUGUUCCCGCCCGUCCACAUGAAAACGCUAAAGGAAUGGUAGGAUAGAAUCCCUUACAGAGCAUGCCCUUGAUGACGUAUGACAUCAUCGCAUUAAAAGAAACCUCCGUUUUCGUCCGUCCACACGAAAACGAGAGCGGCGUUUUUCAACAAAAAUUCCACUUGAGACUGUUUUCAAAAACCUGCGCGUUUGGUGCUCGAAAAUGCCGUUUCAGUGUGCUUGUGGUCGAAAGGCUAGCAACGGAGAAAAAAUCUCAGUUUUCAAAAACAUCCGGGUAGAUGUGGAUAGGACCUGAGAGCAGCUCAGUGAAUAUUAUGUGCGGUUACACAUAACAACUUGGUAAAUGAUUAGUGUGAUAUAACUUAAGGUUAAAUUUCCACUACAUGUUGUUUGUAGGUUCAGAUAAUUUGACAAAGAAUAGCUUUCUUGCCCUGGGUAGCAAAAACUCUUGGUAAGUUAGUACCACGUUAAAAUGUUACGGGCACUUUCUUUGUUCUUUUUGACGUAUCCAUGGAUAAUUCCCAUCUAGCAUUUAUCUUGGCAAAGACCGGAAACUUGCACUGCACCAAUUUCCAGUAGUAAACGAUUUAUUUCUUUUUUUGUUAAACUAAAAUUAGUUCACCUGUUUAGAACUGUACAAGACAAAACCUUUAGAUAAAAAAGCCCGGGACACAAAUGUAAACUGUCAGGGAACGGCGGAAGACAAAGUGACCAGGAAAAUAAUUGAACAACUGUUCAAUUUUUUUAACCCUUUGCCGUCAGCCAAUGAUUGGGGAAAACCGCAUUUUUGACCAAAUCUUCCUUUUUGAACAGUUUUUUGGCCAGUUAGCAGUGAGUUAGUAUAGAAACUGGACUAAAAAAGAGAUUUCCAACACAAAUAAGAAUACAAUUUUCUGCUAAUUUGAUGUAACGAAGCAGCUUUCAAUAAAUGAAUUCACAUUACUAGUGUCAAAACAAGUGAAUAGAAAAAAGAAAACUUGCAAUAUACAUUCCCGUAUCUUGAACUGGUCAACUAGCCCAGGAGGAGGCCAUCUUGACUUCAGUAACUCUGGUUGUUCAUAUUGGUGGUAAAAACAAACUCGAACUAAGAAUCUGUUUGUGGCUUGUAUUACUGCAAGAUGAAAACUGAUAUUGUAUCGUUUCUCUUCUUAGUAGUGGUAGAGGGAUGAAGAUAAGCCCCGUUGGUGCCUAGCAAGUGCCUAGUCAUUGACUAAUCCUGCAUACUAAUUUGGCCUUCCUGCAUACUAAUUAAGUACCUAGUCAGUGUCUAGCUAGCUAGGUUUUUAGAGCGUUCCUCCAUACUAAAGAGGGCCUUCUUCCAUAUCUAAUGAGCGUCUCCCUUAUACAAUAGGAACAAUAGGCUUGCCUAUACUUGCCGGGUAAGUAACCUUAGCUCGGUUUAAACGUCUAUGAAAAAAGUAGGAAUAAGAGGAGCGAAAGAGCACUUAGGGCUAUAUAUUGUGAUAAACAUUCGUCCUAUGGUCAAUUACUAUCCUUUGCCGGGCUAUCUACUCUAAAUAACCGGCGACUACAGGACAUAGCUAUUCUCAUGUACAAAGUUAAAAACAUGUGCCCAACGUACAUUAGCACUCUAUUUGAACACCCUGCAAUUAAGUAUAAACUGCGUAAUCAUGACUUCACUAUACCCAGAUUCAACACAGUCUCCUUUUGAAAGCACUCGCUCAGGUAUAUGGGCCCAAAGGUAUGGAGUUAUGUCCCUAGUAACGUGAAAAAAGCUUCCACGUUGUCCUGCUUCAAAUAUAACAUGAUCAGAAAAGUGGAUCUUAGUAUGCUAUUAGUUGACAAUAACUGUUCUAACUGCUCUCUUUGUAUUUCUUAAUUUAUUAUAUCAACAGAUGGAUAAAUUUGUACAUAUAUAAUUCUCCCGAAUGUCUUAUUUGCAUAUACUGAAUAUAGAUUUUCUUAAUUUCUUAAUUCUACAUUGUUUUUUUUUUCAUUUUUAAUUAACUAAUUUAUUAAUUGAUUCUUUUUAACUUAUUUCAAUUCAGUGUCCCACUUAGUGGUUCUACACCGCUAUUACAGUUUGACACUUAAAUAAAGGUAUCAUCAUUAUUAUCGUGACUAGGCACUUAAUUAGUAUGCAGGAAGGCCAAUUAGUAUGCACGAUUAGGCAAUGACUAGGCACUUGCUAGGCCUUUACUAGGCACCAACGGGGCUUAUCUUCAUCCCUCUACCACUACUCUUCUUACAUAUUAUAGCGUUCAUAUGUUAGCUUGCACCUACUUGAGGGCAUUGUGAUUAUUUUUCUCUGGUUCUUAGUCGGUAAAGUUUUGACUGUAAUCUAAAUUUUACUUGUAUUUUCCACAGGUCCUUGUCGUUAUGUCUAUUCAAAUAAAUCGUUCCUGUUCUCGUUAUAUAACAUCAAAGGCUACGCUCCGGUUAAGGUGAACAUCAAGUCUAGUCAAUACAGUACCGCUAUUUACGCAUGUUCCAGUUACGGGCCAACCUUUGGUGGACACGACCUGCACAUAUCAAAUAAUGCUGCAAGCAACAGCUAUUCCUACACCUACUGUGGCCACACCUACCCCCUCCCCACUGGGUACUCUGCUUCUAGUUGGUACUGUCGAUUUUAUGGAGGUGGAUCCAGUGCUUACUUCACUCUCACUGAUGUUGAAGUGUUCUACCAGACAACAAAUUAG